UUCCCUCCUUCGUUUUCCACUGAAGUGCGUGAAUUUCAUACCAAACCCAUACUUCGCAUUCCACCUUUACUGUCAAACCGGGAGAAAUAUUACUGAAAACAAUAGAGCACCAAGAUAAAUAUAACUUUAAAGAAAUAAACCUCGUCCUGUUCUAUCGGUAGAGGUGUUUCCUAAUAAAGAGAAUUGUCAGAGAGAAACGACAGAAGUGUUUGGAGAGAUCGUUAACCCCUUUUUCUGCGUUAUCAGUACUUGUGUAGCGUGGGGGCUCGUGGAAGGGCCCGGUAGGAGCCGGCACCAUUGCGUCCAACAAGUGGAGUGCCAACGGCAGCCCGGAGCAGGGGCUGGAGGAUGGGGGUGAUGAGCUGGACAAGGCCAUGGACGGAGACGCCGAGGGUGUGUGGAGCCCCGACAUCGAGCAGAGUUUUCAGGAGGCACUGGCUAUAUAUCCGCCCUGUGGACGGCGCAAGAUUAUCCUGUCAGACGAGGGAAAGAUGUACGGUCGCAAUGAGCUUAUUGCCAGAUACAUCAAGCUGAGAACAGGCAAAACCCGCACACGAAAACAGGUAUCUAGUCACAUACAGGUGUUAGCACGGAAGAAAGUUCGAGAGUAUCAAGCAGGUAUAAAGGUUUCUAGCCAUUUGCAGGUUCUUGCCCGGAGAAAAUCUCGCGAGAUACAGUCAAAGCUGAAGGCCAUGAACUUGGAUCAAGCGUCCAAAGACAAGGCUCUCCAGAACAUGGCGGCACUCUCCUCCGCUCAGAUCGUGUCUCCGAGUCUAAUCAAGACCCCGCUUCCGCCUCUUCCUCAGUCCCCCUACCCUCCAGCUGCACGAUUCUGGCCAAGCCCCAUCCCAGGUCAACCUGGACCCUCUCAGGAGCUGGUUCUUAAGCACAACCCAGGAAGAAGUCCUGGGCUUGGCCGCACCAGCUACUCCAUCAAGCCAUUUGCACAAACUCCUUACCCAAACCUAUCAGGACCUGUUCAACCCCCCUUAUCAUCAUAUGAGUCUCUGGCCCCUCCUCCCCCGCCGGUUGCCACCGCAGUGCCCGUGUGGCAGGAUCGCACCAUCGCCUCCUCCAAACUGCGUCUUCUGGAGUACUCCGCGUUCAUGGAGGUUCCGCAGGACCAGGACUCUUACAGCAAACACCUGUUUGUUCACAUUGGCCAGACCAACCCCUCCUACAGCGACCCUCUGCUGGAGGCGGUGGACAUCCGACAGAUCUACGACAAGUUCCCUGAGAAGAAGGGAGGACUCAAGGAGUUGUACGAGAAGGGCCCUCAAAACGCCUUCUUCCUCGUCAAAUUUUGGGCGGAUCUGAAUAACGGUGGCGUCCAGGAUGGACCGGGCUCCUUCUACGGAGUCAGCAGUCAGUACAGCAGCUCAGAGAACAUGACCAUCACCGUAUCAACCAAAGUGUGCUCCUUCGGGAAGCAAGUGGUGGAAAAAGUGGAGACGGAGUACGCUCGUGUCGAGGGAGGGAAGUGUUUGUAUCGGAUCCAUCGUUCUCCCAUGUGCGAGUAUAUGAUCAACUUCAUCCACAAGCUCAAGCACCUGCCUGAGAAAUACAUGAUGAACAGCGUAUUAGAAAACUUCACCAUCUUACAGGUGGUGACCAACAGGGAAACCCAGGAGACACUACUGUGUAUAGCGUUUGUAUUUGAAGUGUCGACAAGUGAACACGGGGCACAAUACCACGUCUAUAGGCUCAUUAAGGACUAGCACGGCCGUGAGCUGUCCUGUCAACAGACUUCUGUUGCUUUGCACAGUCCCUCCAUCACACAUAUGGAGGAAUGGAAUAUGCCAAAUUGUCCAAACAUCGGAGGAAUACGCCAAAAUGUUACACAAAACCAAAUGUUUUGCUUCUGGUGCAGAAUUUAAUUGAGUCUUUGAGGACAUAAAAAAUAUAGUAUUACUCUGUUAAAAAAAAAAAAACUUUUUGUAUUUGUUUUUAAAUGCCUUAAAUACAAAAUGGGUCACGUUGGUUUUGUCGCAUAUACAGAUCAUAGAUGUCUUUUAAGCUUUGUUGUGUCUCCACGGAGGGAAUGUGAAUGUGUGGAUGGGAAAGAAUGUCAUGGAAGACAAUGUGUGCCGUUUAUAAGUGGUGCAUGCAGCAUUUUACAGUGAUAUAAGAAGGGUGAAUCUCAUGAAGAAAUCUCGUUUCACUCUAAAAUCAAAAGGAAAAAUGUAUACCAUAUGCAUAUUUUGAAUGAAUUUUCAUGAAGCAUGUUGCCUCCCUUAAUUCUUAUCAUAAUGCAAACCGAAAAUGUUAUUCUCAUAACUCUAAGACAGCAUUGUAUUAGUCAGAAUUGGGAGGAAAUGUGUUCAAUUGUCAUCAAUAUAAUGUCAUAAUGUAAUAAAAUUAAAUAAGUUUUUGAUAUAAGAAAUAUUUUUUUUCUUUUGAUUUUGGGGUGAAAUAUGACCUGACCAUGUUCUUGACAGGCUUCAUGAGAUUCACCUGAUUUGUGAAUGAGGACCAGCAGAGGUUUACGUUCAUUUUUAUUAAGGACAGACCUACUGAAAACACACUGCAGUUAAUUUUUUGGAAAACAAAGCCUUUUCCUAUCCUUUUUUCUUUAACCAAAUAACAUAAGAUUUCAGUUAAAAAUGUUUUUCAACACCUGUCCUUUGAACAACAGAAGAGGCGUCAGAAACCGUUUUGUAGGUACUAAAGGAUUUUGAGUAGUUGACCCAAAUGUGAGUGCCUUUCUUCAAAGAACACAAGUUGAUUGAUACUCUGAAGUGCCUUUUGACUACCUCUCGACGUAAAAUAGUAGGAAUAGAUAAAGCGAUCAAUUUCUUUAUGCUACAACAUGACAAAGUAUUUGACUCUGCUGUUCAUUGAAGCUUUCGCAAGAUGCGUGAACUGAGGAAAAGGUCCGAUUGUUGAAAUGUCAAGUCUGACGGUGGACGUGAUCGUCCGUCAGGCUAAAUGUCACUCUGGUACAAUGAAAAAUGGCUUUCACAGUUGCUGCCCAUCGAGAUUUUAAACAUUUAAUCCUGGAACAAUACCUCGAUAGAGUUGCUUGUUUUUUUUUUUUUUUGUCUUUUUGAAUCUGAGAAUGUUGCGUUGCUGUCGUACUUUCUGGUGCUUUAAACCCUCAGAGAAUGUUUGUGUUUCUUACUAUUUUUGUUUUUAAAUCUUCACCUUCACCUUCACAACAUCCCUGCACUGUGUACCUUGCAACAAGUACAUUUCUCUUGAGUUACAUGUUAGUUUCCAGUUAAAGCAUCAGUUUUUCUCUUUAGUAUUCCUGGUGUUAAAGUGUAAAAGGGAAAGUCAUUAAUUUCACCUUGUAUGUCAACACAACUGUUCUUAUCAUUUGUGCAUCUCUUUUUUUUUUUUACUCCCUUUAGAUGUAUAGUCAGUCUCUUUACGAUUACUUUUUGGUUACAUGAAUGCACCAGGUGUUUGAAAUGGUUAUGCAUGCGUUUUUACAGAACUAUGCCAUUUUAACAGUGCUGAACUGAGAUCUUUUGCUACUACUGAAAAUAGAACCGUUUGUUUUCCCCAUAGAGAACUAAAAACUUGAAUUUUAGAUCUGAUUCGAUGUUUCAAAUGCCUGUUCUUGAUGAAACCAUGUAGCGUUUUUGUUCCACUUGCCCUUUAAAUUCAAAGACAGCACAGUUUGUAUGUUAAAUGUUCUUGGGAUGGUUUUUAGACACGAGUUGGCGCUCGCUGAUAGCAGUUUUAUGUCUAGAUGAGUUCUGAAGGUACUGCUAAUUCUUGGGUACACCUUAAAAGCAGAAAUUUAAUGUAUAUUGGUACAAUCUUAACCUGCAUUUUCAUGUUUGAACUUCAAUGACGAGAGUUUCCUCAAUUGUAUUUUUUUCUUACAGGCUUUUUUGUUUCCUUUUUAUAAUUAUUGUUAUUAUAAUUAUUAAUUUUAUGUUUGCUCUUUGACUUUCGAUUGAUCCUAUAUGCAUACAUUGAAACUUUUGUGUGUUACUUCUGUUAUUUUAUGCCAUAAUCUAAGUGGUGUUGGCAAAAGCUUUCCCCCUGUUUUUAACAGUUCGUUGUGGCCUUGGUUACCAGUUGUGCAUUGCAGUUAUGUAUCGAAUAUCUUCAAUGUUAGGGGUUUGUACAAUAUAAUCAAAACAAUGUAUAGCAAUACCAAUAAAAUGGCAUGGGUCUCCUUGGACCGUAUUUCUUAAAACACACUUA